AUGGCAACGGCGUCGUUUAACAUGCAGUCAGUCUUCGCCGGUGGAUUGACCACUCGCAAGAUCAACACCAACAAGCUUUUCUUCGCCGGAAACUUCCCUAACCUCAAGAGGAAUUAUCCAGUGGGAGUGAGAUGCAUGGCUGAGGAAGAGCCCAUAAAGGAGGACUCAGCACCUUCCACCUCCGCGGCUAAGCCUUUGCCUAAGUCACCAUCGCCUCCUCCUCCUACUAAACCUAAGGUGAGCACGAAAUUUAGCGACUUGCUAGCUUUUAGCGGUCCAGCACCAGAGAGGAUAAACGGGCGUUUAGCUAUGGUUGGAUUCGUAGCGGCUUUGGCGGUUGAGCUUUCCAAGGGAGAAAACGUUUUCGCUCAGAUCUCCGACGGUGGUGUUUCAUGGUUCCUCGGCACGACGGCGAUCCUGACGCUUGCGUCUCUCGUACCGCUUUUCAAGGGCAUAACCGCCGAGUCCAAGUCCGAUGGUUUCAUGACGUCAGACGCUGAGCUUUGGAACGGGCGUUUUGCUAUGCUCGGUUUGGUCGCGUUAGCGUUCACUGAGUUCGUCAAGGGUGGGACCCUUGUCUGA